AUCUUCCUCUUCCUCCUCCAGCGCCUGACCUACAAAGGGCGCCCCUCCGCAUCGCCCCCUUUCGACCCUGGUGCCUUCGGGUCCUCCUGGGUUCAUGGAAGAGGAGGCGCCUGCUCUUGCCCUUGCUGCUUUCCCAGCCCCAGCCUCGCCGGCCUCCGGGGCUGUUCUCGCAAUGUCAGGACUUGCCAAAACAAGUUGACGCCGAGGAGGAGGAGGAGGAGGCGAGGCGCCUGUGUUGUUGUGCCGGGCCCACGGAGGAGAGAGAGAGAGAGAGAGAGAAAGAGGGAGAUCUUAUCGGCUGGGAACCUAGCCAGGCGGCAUCCCCCGGGGGAUUUCUCUCCAAGCGGAAAGGGAAGAAUCCUAAAUCCUACUUCGCACUGUGAAAAUGGCACUUAACAAUCUGACUUUGAAAGCUGCAUCACUUUAUGAUGAAUGGAUUAAAGAUGCUGAUCCGCGAGUUGAUGGCUACCCACUCAUGUCUUCGCCUUUGCCACAGACAGUAAUUAUUGGCGCAUAUAUCUACUUCGUCACUCAUCUUGGGCCAAAGUUCAUGGAGAACAGAAAGCCAUUUGACUUGAGGCAAAUAAUGGUUUUCUACAACUUUGGUGUAGUGGCUCUUUCAAUUUAUAUGACUUAUGAAUUUCUAAUGUCUGGCUGGGCUACAGGCUAUUCGUUCCGCUGUGACAUAGUUGAUUACUCCCGAUCACCUAUGGCUCUCAGAAUGGUUCGUGCCUGCUGGCUGUAUUAUUUUUCCAAAUUUAUUGAAUUGCUAGACACUGUCUUCUUUGUCCUCCGGAAGAAGAAUGCCCAAGUUACAUUCCUUCAUGUCUUCCAUCACUCAAUUAUGCCCUGGACCUGGUGGUUUGGAGUCAAAUUUGCUCCAGGUGGCUUAGGCACCUUUCACGGUAUGCUAAACUGCAUUGUUCACAUUAUCAUGUACACCUAUUACGGAAUUUGCUCACUGGGACCAGCCUAUCAUAAAUACUUGUGGUGGAAAAAGCAUAUGACAACUAUACAACUGAUCCAGUUCAUUUUGGUUACCAUCCAUAUAGAACAAAUCUACUUCAUGGAGAAUUGCCCGUAUCAGUACCCAAUCUUCAUGUUCAUCAUCUGGCUGUAUGGCUUUUUGUUUUUAAUCCUGUUUCUACAUUUUUGGUAUCAUGCUUACACUAAAGGCCAUAGACCACCGAAGUAUUUGAAAAACGGCGUCAGCAACGGCAUCAGCAAAAACAAAGCUGAAUGAAGCACUCUGCCGCAAAUGUGGAAUGAAUGUUUUGACUUGCACUACUUGACAAUCAAGACGUUUGGCACAACACACUGGACAUUUUGUAUACGGCUUUCCAAAACAAACCAACAAAAAGCCCUUGCAUUUUUAUUAUAAAUUAUUUGAAAUUUAAUCUUGAUGCAGGAGGGAGAGUAAACCUACUGAUUAAUAUUCAGUGGCUUGCAGUUUUCGUCAGUAAUGUACAUAUUAGAAUAUUUUUCCUCUAUGUAUCACCGCAAUGAAUACUUUGUGGCACUUCUAGAGAUGCACUCAAAGAUUCAUUGUGGAAAUGAAGUGUAUCUGAUAAGUAUACAAAUAUACUUUGAGCACUGACGGAUACAUUUAUUUUAAGAAGCACUGCAAGUUAUUAUGCCUGUAGGCGACUUUUAACUGAACAGAAAUACAAUUCCAUAAAACGAUUUAUGGUCUGUAAACCUCAUUGUUAAUACAUCUACUGUAAACAUUAAUGUGUUUUAUACAAAACUGUACCAUAUUAAAGAUUGUGAUUCUUAA